AUGGCUGCCGAUAAGAUGGAUGUUGAAGCUGCAGAGCAGCAGCUCAAGAGUAUGGCUCACUCUGAGCAGCAUUAUUUUAAUAGCUAUAAUCACCAUGGAAUUCAUGAGGAAAUGUUGAAAGAUGAAGUCCGUACAAGAUCCUAUAUGAAUGCCAUCGUGCAGAACAAGCACCUCUUCAAGGAUAAGGUUGUUCUUGACGUUGGUUGCGGAACAGCUAUCCUCUCCAUGUUCGCUGUCAAAGCUGGAGCCAAGCACGUAAUCGGUGUUGAUAUGUCAACCAUCAUUUUCAAGGCUAGGGAGAUUGUCAAGGUCAAUGGCAUGGAAGACAAGAUUACCCUCAUCCAGGGCAAGAUGGAAGAAAUUGAGCUGCCUUUUCCCAAGGUAGACAUUAUCAUCUCGGAAUGGAUGGGCUAUUUCCUCCUCUACGAGAGCAUGCUUGACACUGUCUUGUACGCCCGCGACAAGUUCCUCGAGAAGGAUGGUUUAAUCUUCCCGGACAAGGCUACUAUCUUCGCCUGCGGUAUUGAGGAUGGCGAAUACAAGGACGAGAAGAUUGGAUUCUGGGAUAAUGUCUACGGGUUUGAUUACACGCCUCUGAAGGAGACUGCCCUCGCCGAGCCUCUCGUUGAUACAGUAGAAAUCAAAGCGGCUGUAACAGACCCCGCCGCAGUCUUGACUCUUGAUCUCUACACCUGCACAACGGCUGAUCUAGCCUUCGCGAUACCCUUCAAGUUGACGUCUCGACGUGACGACUUCAUACACGCUCUUGUAGCAUGGUUCGAUAUCGACUUUACGGCAUGCCAUAAGCCCGUCCGCUUCUCAACUGGUCCUCACACCAAGUACACUCAUUGGAAGCAGACCGUCUUCUACCUGAACCAGGUCUUGACGGUGCAGCAAGGGGAAGAAAUUAGCUUCAAGUUGGACGUUAGGCCUAACGACAAGAACCGACGUGACCUAGACAUCAAGAUUGAUUACCACCUAGAGACCCAAGAUAGCACUCGGUCUGCUGUCGGGGCUUGCGAAUAUAAGAUGUGUUAG